CAUCCUUGCAAUACCCCGCGCAACGGCGACAACCGAAACAUUUAACCUUGGUGUUUGACGGGUGCGGAGCAGGAACGGUCCGCCGUACCUGGUUCACCAAAUUUCUUCGUUCAAUUGGGCGAGACAUUGAAACACCAACAUCGAGGUUGUUUGCUUGUCAAGUGGUGGAGCUUUCCCACAUCUUGUGGAACUUGACUCUUCUGUGUUGCGAGUUUUGUGAAUCAUUGAGAUAUCUUGGCUUCGUCACCGACCAAGUGUAGCAACAUGUUCUUGUGGUCGACGCUGUUUGUUCUUUUGCAAUGCAAUUCGGUUCGAGGCACUCGUCAGAUACAGAAACGUCAGAUCACUGCUACGCCGCCCACGACUUGCACACCGUCCUCGGCUACCACUACGAUCAAUUCACAGGCAGAUGCGAAAGCUUUAUCAACUUGUUUUGUGAUAGCGGGGUCAGUCUUGGUUUCAACAGCUGUGAACGGCACAAUUUCCUUCGAUGGUCCACAAAAUAUAACUGGAAACCUGAUCGCAGACAGCGCCGACUUAUUGACAGGUCUCUCAUCCUCGUCACUCAGCAACAUCUCGGGAGAUAUCAUUAUCACGAAUCUCAGCAACACGUUCGAUGUAUUUAAUUUCCCCAGCUUGGGUUCCGCGGGAAGUUUGACACUUUCGUCACUACCAGGCUUGGGUUCGGUCGAGACUUUGCAAGGCUUUACAACCAAGUCGAUGACGAUAUCGAAUACAUCGCUAGGGAGUGCUCCACUCUUGUCUAACGACACAGAGAUUUUGGACAUCAACAACAAUUUCAGAAUCGGCGACCUGGCUUUCAAUCUUGCCUCCAUAUCUACCUCACUGAACUUCGACUCAAAUGGUGCGGCCACAUUCUCUUUCCCGAAGCUCGUAUGGGCGUCCAACAUCACCGCGAUAAAUGUUCCGCAACUCAAUUUACCUGUUCUUGCCGUCGUCAAUAAUUCUUUCGGAAUAUACGGCUCCUUGGAAGUUGGUCUAAAUGCCCCUCAAUUGACCACCAUUGGCACUUUCGAAAACGCAGUAGGGACGGGAUCUCUCUCCGUUGUAUCGAGUCCUGAAUUAACGACACUUGGCCUUGGUUCCCUGAGGUUGAUUGGCGGCAAUCUAAGCGUGAUUGGCAACAAUGCGCUGCGGUCCAUCGCACUUACUGCCCUCCAAACAGUAGGCGGGGGCAUGGAUCUUGAAGGAGGUUUCCACUCAGCCAAUUUCUCGAGUCUAGUGAGCGUCAAAAAAGCCAUGAGUAUCCAAACCACAGACUCUAGUUUCGAUUGCUCAACGUACAAGGCGCUGGAUUUCACGGUCAUCCAGGGAGGUUUCGAGUGCAGAACCAUCAACAGCAGCAUGUCCACAGCACCAGCUCCUGUAGUUGACAGCCCAAGUCCAGGAAUCUCACCAGGCGCAAAAGCGGGGUUUGGAAUAGCUAUACCGUUAAUAGCGGUAUUAUCAGCUGGCGCAACAUUUUUCUGGCUGAGGCAUAAAAAGAGGAAUAGGAUGACAGUAACGGUCGCGCCGCGGCUGGGCUAUUCGAUAGGGGCGGAACUUCCGGGCGGUGGAAAGAAUGAAGAGAAGGGAUUGCCGGUGCAGGUGAAUGAAUUGGGGGAGUAUUAUUUUAAGCCGGUCCCUGAGGCUCAUGAGUUGUGUGGUGGGGAGACGGUUGAGGAGGGGAGGGGUGGAGGUGAGAUGAGGGUGGAGCGUGUUCAGGAGUCGGGGAGUAGUGUAAUAUAGAGACGCGAUACCUAUUCUCUAUUUACGAUUUGUUUGUCUAAUCUAACUAGCUACUGCGUAAGACUUCACUUGCCCUCCUCGCUUAAUUUCUCACCUCUCUCCACGUUGAACGAGAAGCGAGAUAUAGUGAGGCAGCACGGAG